AAAAUCCAUUCAACCAGAGACACCGAUAGGGGGAAGAGGCACAUGCUCAUUCAGUUCACUCAUUCACUUUCUCAUACAUUCUUGUUCUACUCACACUUGUUCAAAGCUCUGCAGGCAGAAGCAGUCUCUUAGAUAGAAACAGCUCUGCUGGGGGGGGGGGGGGGAAUUCCUUUUGGCUCCCAAAGGAAACCAAGGUGCAAUCAAUCAGAGUUCUCAAGCUGUUCCUUUGAAGAAACUUACAGGGAAACUGUUGCAACAUGAAUGGACCUGUGGACGGCUUGUGUGACCAUUCUCUGAGUGAAGAAGGGGCUUUCAUGUUCACUUCGGAAUCUGUAGGAGAAGGGCAUCCUGAUAAGAUCUGUGAUCAGAUCAGUGAUGCUGUGCUGGAUGCCCAUCUCAAACAAGACCCAAAUGCCAAGGUUGCUUGUGAGACUGUCUGCAAAACUGGGAUGGUCCUCCUCUGUGGGGAGAUUACUUCAGUUGCCAUGGUGGAUUAUCAGCGUGUAGUUCGAGACACCAUUAGACACAUAGGCUAUGAUGAUUCAGCCAAAGGCUUUGACUUCAAGACCUGCAAUGUGCUAGUAGCCCUGGAACAACAGUCUCCAGACAUUGCCCAGUGUGUCCAUUUAGACAGAAAUGAAGAAGAUGUUGGUGCUGGAGACCAGGGUUUGAUGUUUGGCUAUGCCACAGAUGAGACAGAAGAAUGUAUGCCUCUCACCAUUAUACUUGCUCAUAAGCUCAAUGCCCGGAUGGCAGACCUGAGGCGAACAGGAGUUCUCCCCUGGCUAAGACCUGAUUCUAAAACUCAGGUCACUGUCCAGUAUAUGCAGGACAAUGGGGCUGUCAUUCCAGUGCGUAUUCACACCAUUGUGAUUUCUGUUCAACACAAUGAGGAUAUCACACUAGAGGAUAUGCGCCAAGCUUUAAAGGACCAAGUGAUCCGAGCUGUGGUUCCUUCAAAAUAUCUGGAUGAAAAGACAAUUUACCACCUGCAGCCCAGUGGGCGUUUUGUUAUUGGUGGGCCACAGGGGGAUGCAGGAGUCACCGGCAGGAAGAUCAUUGUGGACACUUAUGGAGGCUGGGGUGCCCAUGGGGGUGGAGCUUUCUCUGGGAAGGACUAUACCAAGGUGGACCGCUCUGCAGCCUAUGCAGCCCGUUGGGUGGCAAAGUCCCUAGUGAAAGCCAAACUAUGUCGGAGAGUUCUUGUGCAAGUUUCUUAUGCUAUUGGUGUGGCUGAACCUCUCUCAAUUUCCCUGUUCACCUAUGGGACCUCCCAAAAGACUGAGAAAGAGCUAUUAGAUGUGGUGAAUAAGAAUUUUGAUCUUCGUCCUGGAGUCAUUGUCAGGGACCUUGAUUUGAAGAAGCCAAUUUAUCAGAAGACAGCAUGCUAUGGCCAUUUUGGAAGAAGUGAAUUUCCCUGGGAAAUUCCUAAGAAGCUCAAAUUUUAAUGUUGGCAAGAAUCAGUCUCUUGAAGAGAACACAAUAGGAUUCCUCAUUGCAAGAUGGCCCCGGAUUUGCAUUCCCCUUGACCACUCUAUAUCCAGAUUAGAGAGCUAAACAAUGCUGACAGACUACAUAUUAUCUCUAUGGGAAUUGGUUCUAUUCUUCACCACUGCCCCUACUUAGUGGCAACCAUGCCCAUUUUUAGCAUGUUGCCAUCAGCAGAAGGCCUGGUAGAAUUUGUCUUUCUAGUGUUGCUAGAUCAGACCUGUUUGUAAAAGCUGAUGAUGAUUUUUCCUCAUCUCUUGAUUCUGAUGCAGGACAAUAUGAUUUCAAAGAAAAGGCAUAUAUCCAAGCAGUAUAGAUAUGCUAAUUUCAGUUUUUAUCCCUUUAUCACUCAGGGGCCAGUGGUGGUAAUAGAGUUUGGAAUUGGGGAGUUCUAGGACCCAGAUUUAUUUUUCUUACAAUGACAAUCCUGCAUUCUUGGUACAUUCGUCUCCUUCACUGGCCAUGUGCCAAGACAAGGAUUUCCCAUAUGGGUCAAUGUCUCAAAGAUUGGGCCUUAUAUUUGUGAGAUAAUCCCUACGCCAAGAGGUUUCUAUCUGGGAGCCCCAAGGGAGUUCAUGAAUAGAUUUCAGGGGGUCUGUGAAUUUAGCUGGGGAAAAAUCCCUACAUCUUUAUUUUCACAAACCUCUAACUGAAAUAGAUACCAUAUCCUGUAAUGAUUUAAAAGCACCUGAGUUACACUGAAAAGUUCUUAUCUAGGAGCAAGUGUGAUGCAAUUAAGAGAUACUUGGAUUUGGAGUCAGAAGUUCUGGGUUUAAAUCCUAACUUUGCCAGUUAGUAUCUCUGUGACCUCAGGCAAAGUACUCAACUCCUCUGGGCUUCAGCUCCCAUAAAUUCCAGUUCCAAAUCUAUGAUUGUAGGAGCCUAAGUGCCAUGUCUAAUCCAGUUUAGGGUCAUGAUUCUGAGGUCUCGGGGUCCUUCCUGGCCCCUCUCUUGGUGCUCUGGGUCUGUUUUCUGUCAAGAAACAGACUUCAUAGAGAAAACAGGUUUUUAAUGGCACUCUAGCCCAGUGCCUUUUACAUAGUAGGAGCUUCCCAAGUGUUUAUCAAAUUGGACACUUUCUAGAGGAACUUACUAGAAAUAUGUUUGCAUCUGCCUGGAGAAAGGACUGGUGCUUCCUGGCUUAUGGGUAAUCAGUGAUCCUCAUGAUUCAAUGUAUAAAAGAGACAAGGCCAGAAAGAGAAGCUAAAGAAGUAUUUAUUUCUGUCUCAGGAAUAUUUCAUACAAAUCAUACAAAGUGUUACCUAGUAAGAAUACCCUAAAGGUUCUAGCAAGAAUACCUUAGAGGUUGUUCUCGGAGGGAGUGAAGAAUAAGAACCAGUGAGAAGCUAGAAACACUAAAGCAUCAUCUAAAAAACUAAGAGGAAACCCAACUUAUCAAGAAAUCCAUCAGAUCAGAAUGUGUCACUCAGGGGCCAGCACUAGAGCUCAAUUUUCCAUAGAGCUGCUGCUGUUAGGAAGAUCAAUCCUGAAAACCCAUUUUGAAGAGACUUGUGUUCCCUGAAGAGGAAAUAGCAAUGAAGCAAGUUCUUUACUAAAAAAUACACAGCUAUUAGGCACAUAAGUAUUUUUCAUGUGAAGGACUGCCAGGUCCUAAACUAUUAUUGUACUUUCAUUUUCUUACCUGGUACUUUCUAAAGAUACAUUGGAGAAAUGAUAUUUUUUAAUUAAAUGAAUAUAGUUUACCAUGAAACCAUAGCUAAUAGGCAGGCCCAUUGUAAAGGUCAAGCUGAUUUUUUGAAUGUAAAACACUAAGCUACAAAAAGUAGCAGAUGUAAUAUACCUCAGAUCUUACUCCCCCCCCCCCCCUUUUUCUAUCUGAAAGGAAGAUGAAAAAUAACUCAGCCACUGAAACUUCUCAUAUCAGCCAAGGAUACUAUGAUGAAUGAGAAUAGUCUAUCAUCUCCAAACUUAAUUCCCUGUUCCUUAAGUCAAGUCAAAUUUCUUUCCCUGAUACCCCAUUGCCCUUGCAGCUGUGGACUCACCUGCUUUUUAUCAAUUGCUUAUCUGCCUAGGAAACAAAAAAAUUCCAGCAUCAUUUUGUCAUUGAUCACCAAUAAUGUUCUAUCUUUUAAAUUUCUCCUCACAUCUUAAUCAUUGAUACACCAGCUGUACUUAUUGUUGUUAUUUUUCCACGUCCAUGGCAAUAUGUUGUCUGACCACAGAAAGAAUAUUUAUGUCCUCAAGUCAAACUCCUCAAGCCAAAAUGAGAUACAGAAAUAUCCCGCUAUAACUUAAUUAUAUUUUACCCCAAAGUCCCUCUGCUUCUAACAGCACCUUACAGUUAGAGCCAAAUUUGGCCUUGACCAGGCUUUACUGGUUAAGUGCCAAAGGAGUAAUUGACCUGAUUUUUGUUGACUCUUCCUUUUCAGAAAUAUAAAGAGCAAGCUCAUUACUGAGCCUAUUUGCAAUUCAUUAAUUUUCUACUUUUUACCCUCUCAUCAAAGGUUUUUCUUUCUUUCUUUCUAUUUUUUUUUUAAGGAAAGGUAUUUGUAUGAAGCUAACUUCUUUCCUUCUUAAUAUUCAACUCCUGCUAGUUCUGUAUAUAAUAAAUAAAAUUUCAAACAGUA